UUUCUGUGAACUACGGUGGCCUGGAGGGGGCCGGUGUUUGCUGGAAUGGCGGUGUGAUGGUAGGGGUCCUUGAGGAGAUCUCUGACAGCGAUCUGAAUGUGGAGGAUCCGGCCAUGCCAAGAUCUGGGGGGAAGAAUUUUGCAGGCAGAGAGAACCAAAGCGCAAAGCCUCUGACCCUGGAAUAACCUUUGCUGUUGAUAGGAACUGCAAGAAAGGCCAGCAUAGUCAAGCAGAGUUUCACUGAAGAGACGCACCUUACCGAUUCCGCACAUUUCUAAGUUCCACAUUUACCAUUUGGAAUUGUCAAACUUCCUAGAAGAUACAUUUUGGCUAUCGAAAUGGAAGAGUCCUUGGAAGUUCUAGAGCAAUUAUAUAAGAAGGUACUUCUUGGAGCUGCACUUGAACAUGACAACCAGGAUUACGUCUGUUAUCUCCACCCCGAGUGGCCAGACCAAGGUGGCCCCACAGCCAGCCCCUCAGCGUGCUCAGACACCCCCGGUGCCCGGGGCAAGUGCCAGCCCCCCAGCACCCCCUCAUGUCCCACCUCCGGAGCUGCCGUGGGUUUGAAGAGCAGGGCCUGGGAAACCACGCUCCUUCAGUUAACUGUGGUCCAAGUGAUGGUGACCAGAACCCUGUCUGUCGAGACUACGUUCCACGCCAAGGAGAGAUACAGAGAGAUCAUUAAAAUUCUUUUACAGUCCUCUGACUUUGAUUCUAAAUUAACCCGUAUGUUCCAGAGCUCCGAUAAACUGUUAUGUCACAUGGCUGCAAAGUGCCUUGCGUUACUUCUGUACUUCCGAUUGAAAGAAAAGAUAACGUUAAGUAGUUCCUGGAUUGCUUUUUGCCAAAAACAUCUUUCUGAAUACUCUGAAAACGAGGAAGUCCUGUAUUGCCUCCACACUCUCACUGCUGUCGUGAAAGAAAUCCUUAAAGGCACAGGUUCACAAAAAACAGAAAUUCUAAAACAGUUCCUGACUCCUUUGGAUGCGACUUUGGAAGCCUUUUACAAUUCCUUGUUUUCUCAGCAUUUCAAAAACCUCCAAGACCCUUCUAAAAUGGUGAACAGCCUGAUACAUUUCCUGGAGCUGCUUGAACUUCUCAUGGCUUCCAGGCUCCACCUGGAGUCUCCGUUCCCCUGCCAGAGGGUCUUCUUUCUGAAGGCUCCCUGUGUGCUGCACGUCGUGGCCUGGCCGGUUCAGGCCUUCGUCAAGAGGAAGGUCGUCGUUUUCAUUAAGAAGUGCCUCCUCUGCAAAGUGGGCGAAGACCUUUGUCGGGGAUCUGUCGCUGCCUCAGUGCCACCAGAUGAGCAUUUAGACGGGGACUUGUUGGCCCUCGCUGAGGCUGUUCUGCAAGCUGUGGAUUUGGGUUUGUUGAAGACUUUGUCUGUCUGUGGGAGACCUUCCUGCUUUGCAGGCGGUGACGUGCAGCCUGGCUGCGAGUGUCUCCCUGGUCCAGAUCACGGGAUCCUGAGAGCAGCCAGUUUGCUUAUCAUUAAAUCCUUAGAAAUCAAGUUUCAAAACUGUGCUUCAGCAAAGGAAAUGAAAGUUGAUUUACAGAGGUUCAUGUCGGAGUUGCUGGCCUUCCUAAAGCCUCACCUUGAGCCCUCUGUGUGGGCACAGCAUCCGUGCGAGUGGCUGUCCCGGGUCUUCAUAGAACAAGACGAUGACAUGCUGGAGGCUGCCAAAGCGUCCAUGGGCAUCUUCCUAAAACUGAGCAGGGAAUAUGAAGCCGCUGAAAGUCCGACCCAAGAAGAACUGUGGCACCGUCACACACAUGAAAAUGGCUAUAACCCACACUGUAUUUUUUUAUUCCUUUUAAAAAAUAUAGGAUUUGAUUCGACAGUUCUUCUGGACUUUUUGAUUUCAUCAGAAACCUGCUUUCUUGAAUAUUUCGUCAGAUAUUUAAAAUUACUGCUCAAAGACUGGGAUACAUUUCUCACCAUUUGCAAGGACUUUGAUGUAAUGGACUCUAACGAGAGCAUGAGUAUUUGCGGUUUUAUGUCCUCACCUGGCCAAGGCCAAAGCAGCAACCAAACAGAAUUCAGUCUUUUGGCAGCUCUUGGCGGUCACGGGAAUGCUCAUGCCCGUGACUCCUGGGCUGCUGGUGCUGCGCCUGAACCACGGAACCAGGUCGUGGUGUUCCCCGAGACCCACGCUGCACCCCAGGCUAGUCGCCUGUCUUCCCAGCAAGCUUCUCAGAGCCUGGUGGAUUACGACAGCUCUGAUGAUUCUGAAGUAGAAUCCACAGACCUCUGUGUCGCAAAUAGUAAACAGACAUCUUCACAGCAGGAAGCAAUGAAGAAAACCCAGGACACAGUCGGAACAAGUGGGGAUGAGAAAGAACUUAGUCUGGAGCUUCCGUCAAGGCCCGUGUUUCCAAAAGAAUCGAAUAUUCCUUUCUCUGUUGCUGGUGACAUAGCCCCAGAUGACACUGUCUCUGAAGCAGGAAUAUCUUACAGAACGGUAAAAUGCUUUGAGGAGCUCCAAGGUGCCAUUUACCGUUUGCAGAAGAAAAAUCUUUUCCCGUAUAACCCAACAGCGCUUUUGAAGUUGUUGAAACAGAUUGAAGCAAUAUGUAAUAAAAGUAUGAACGCUUUGUAAAACAGUG